UUAGUAAUACAUAUACAAAAUAAAUAAAUAAAUAACUAUUAAGAGAUCGUAUACACCAAAAAAUAUAUUGUAUUAUUUUAUAUAAAUUCCAAAGUUUAUUACCUCUUAAUAUCAUAUCAACCUUUUCCUUUUUGCUUUCUAAAAAGGUGAAUUUCUACCCAUUAUUACUUCCAAAUUUGAUGAUUAAAAAAAAAAAAAACAUAAACAACUUGAGUAAAAAUGAUGUCUACCACACACACACACCAAAACACACUCAAAACGCACACAGUAUUGCAUCAUUGAAUACCAUAAUAGCUUUAUCUGAUACGUUCACCAACCCUUGGCACAUUUAUGAACUCCCUCCGGUCUCCACAAUCUCUCCACUCACUCUUUUCACUAAAAAAAACUGCCAAAAUCUCCAUUCCCAACAUCUCUCCCUCCCUUUUCUUCUUUUUCAUCCAAAGUUUGAACCCUUUUCGCAUGCCCUUUUAACACAAAGACAAAAAGUUUUUAAAUUUCCCUGUUUUCUCUUUUGGCUUCUUCGAUCAGAUGAGUAUUUUCCUUGAAACACCCGAAUCUUCAGGAUAGCAGAUUGCGGUGGUGGUGGUGGCAGGUGGCAGGUGGGUUGGUUUUGCAGUUAAUGUGAUAAACAUUAAUGAGGUGAAAAGGUGCUUGGAAGGGUGAUAAAAAGAAUUGACUCUUCCUCUCUUUGUUUAGCUGAUUUCAGAAAUGGGUUUUGCUUUGUUGGGUUCCAUUUUGAUUCUAACACUUUUCUUGAAGUCAAACCUUGGCCAACAACAAGAACAGUUAAUACCCAAUACAGAUGAGUUCUUCAUCUCUAGUUUCUUUGAAAAAAUGGGUAGAAAUUCUUCAUCUUCUCAUGUUUUCAAUCUAUCUUCAUCUGUUUGUUCAUGGCAGUUUGUGUUUUGUGACGCCAAACAACAAAAUGUCAUUGGUCUUGUUGCUCCUAAUUUGGGACUCACUGGUCCAAUUCCCGAUAACACCAUUGGCAAACUCAAAAACCUUCAAAUUCUCGAUUUAAACAGUAAUCAAAUCACUGAUUUCUCAUCCGAUUUUUGGAGUUUGGUUUCACUCAAAACGCUCAAUCUUUCAAACAACAAAUUCUCCGUUAAUCUCCCAUCUAACAUUGACAACUUUGAAUCUCUCGAAAAACUUGACCUUUCUUUCAACAAUUUCUCCGGGAGUCUCCCUGAUUCUUUCGAUUCUCUUCCCAGUUUACAAGUUCUUAAUCUCAAUCGAAAUCAGUUCGAAUCAAUCGUUCCAUUAGGGAUCAUACGUUGCCACUCGUUGAUAUCUAUCGACUUUUCUAUGAAUAGUUUCCAUGGGAGUCUUCCUGAUGGUUUUGACACUGCAUUUCCGAAGCUCAAAAGCUUGAAUCUUGCUGGAAAUGGAAUCAGAGGAAGGGGUUCGGAUUUUUCAAAGAUGGUUUCAUUAACUUAUUUGAAUAUUUCCAAGAAUCUUUUCACGGGUGCUGUUGUUGAAAUCUUUAAAGGGCCAUUAGAGGUGGUUGAUUUAAGUAGUAAUCAUUUCGAAGGUCAUAUUUCUCAGGUAAAUUUCAGUUCUUCCUUCGAUUGGUCUCGUUUAGUUCAUCUUGAUUUGUCCGAUAACCAGAUUAGCGGAAUGUUUUUCAGUAAUUUAAGUCAAGCUCAUAAUCUCAAACACCUUAAUCUCGCGAAGAACAGAUUUUCGAAACAAAGUUUCAUCCACAUCGAUGAACUCCAUAAUUUAGAGUACCUUAACUUGUCAAAAACCAAUUUAAUCAAUCGAAUUGGUGAUGGGAUUUCGAAGUUGAAUCAUUUAAAAACGCUCGAUCUUUCAAGUAAUCAUCUUUCUGGUAAACUCCCACUUCUAAGCUUCAAAACCCUGCAAAAUCUCGAUCUCUCAAACAAUAACUUAACGGGAGACAUACCGUUAUCUCUCUUGCAAAAACUUCCAUGGAUGGAAAGAUUCAACUUCUCUUACAACAACUUAACCCUUUGUGAUUCAGAGUUUUCACUCGAAACCCUUCAAACAGCGUUCAUCGGGUCAUCAAAUGGUUGCCCAAUCGCUGCAAAUCCGACCCUUUUCAGAAGAAAAAUCCAUAGACAUAGAGGACUCAAGCUCGCCUUGGGUUUAGCCAUCACUUUAAUCUGCUUGCUCGUCGGUUUGCUACUCUGUGCUUUCGGUUGUCGGAAAAAAACGCGAAUGUGGGAUGUUAAACAAGAAUCUUACACCGAAAAAUGUGCAAUUUCUGGGCCAUUUUCAUUCAGAACGGAUUCAACCACUUGGGUAGCAGAUGUAAAGAUUGCAUCUUUAGUCCCUGUUGUGAUCUUCGAGAAACCAUUGUUGAAUUUUACAUUCUCGGAUCUUUUAUCAGCUACUUCAAAUUUCGACAGGGAUACCCUUUUGGCCGAAGGGCAAUUCGGACCGGUUUAUAGAGGGGUUUUGGGAGGUGGGGUUCAUGUCGCGAUUAAGGUUUUAGUCCAUGGUUCCACCAUGACUGACCAAGAAGCUGCAACAGAGCUCGAGUAUCUCGGACGAAUCAAACACCCGAAUCUUGUUCCUUUGAUGGGAUACUGUUUGGCCGGAGAACAACGAAUCGCGAUUUAUGAUUACAUGGAGAACGGAAACUUGCAUAAUUUGCUUUACGAUCUUCCUCUUGGAGUUCAAGUGACUGAAGAUUGGAGUACAGAUACAUGGGAAGAAACAGAAACCGAUGAAAACGGGAUCCAAAACGUGGGUUCGGAAGCGCUGUUGAUCACAUGGCGGUUCCGGCACAAGAUCGCCCUAGGCACCGCCCGUGCCUUGGCGUUCCUCCACCACGGAUGCUCACCGCCGAUUAUUCAUCGAGACGUGAAAGCGAGUAGUGUGUAUCUCGAUUAUAAUCUUGAACCCAGAUUAUCGGACUUUGGGCUCGCUAAAAUCUUCGGCAACGGUGUUUCUGAUGAAACCGGUCGUGGGUCUACCGGAUACUCGCCGCCGGAGGCCACCGUCAGUCCAAAAUCCGAUGUGUAUGGAUUUGGGGUGAUUCUUCUUGAGUUAAUCACGGGGAAGAAGCCUGUGGGGGAUGAAUAUCCAGAUGAAGAUAACUUGAAAGCAACAGGAUUAGUUGAUUGGGUCAGAGGACUUGUGAGGAUGAACCAUGGUUCGAUAGCCAUAGAUCCCAAGAUGCGAGGCGUCGGGGAUGAGGGCCAGAUGGUGGAGGGGUUAAAGAUUGGGUAUCUGUGCACGGCGGAUGUUCCGGCGAAGCGGCCAAGCAUGCAACAAGUUGUUGGACUUCUUAAGGAUAUUGAACCGAAGUGAAGAAAGUUGAAGUUGGUUUUUUGCAUGUGGUUUUCAUGUUACUCGUUUUGUCGUUAGAUGACGAGUUUUAGGCGCCGAAAUAUGUAUUCAUGGUUUUUACUUUUUAUGAAAGAAAUCAACAAGAGCCUAAAGAGAAAAUAUGGUGUUAACUCGUGGAUGUAAAAGUUGUAUAUCGUAAUGAAAUGAAUGUUUCCUGUUCUUUUUUACUUU